GAGAGAGAGAAUCGUAAGUGAGAAGAAAAUUAUGAGUUUGUGUAUGCAGCUGCCAGUACAGUAAAGUGGGAACCGAACGUUUUGUCAACAAUACCACAAAAAUGGUACAGCUUCAUCUGGCAAUAAUUAACCCUUAACAUAAAAUAGGGCCACAGCUUUGAUUGUUGCUAGCAGACUGUUAAAAUCUGCACAAGAAUUUUGGCCACAUGCAUCUUCUCAAGUACCAAAAUUUCAUGGUUAAAAACCUAACAAGGGCUUCCACUCCUCAGUAUAGACCACCUCCCCUGUCUGUUGCGACACAACAAGAGAGGAAAUGAAAGGAGAGAAUGAAUACAAGAAAAGUCUUUGGACAGAGGAGGAAGAUAGGACUCUACUGGAAUACAUAAGAGAGAAUGGAAGGGGAAGAUGGAAUCAUAUUCCUCAGUUAACAGGGUUGAAGAGGUGUGGAAAGAGCUGCAGACUAAGAUGGUUGAACUAUCUGAACCCGAGUAUAAAGCGGGGUGAUUUCUCUGAGGAAGAAGAAGAUCUCAUUAUCAGACUCCAUAACCUUCUUGGAAACAGGUGGUCUCUAAUAGCUGGGAGAAUACCAGGAAGAACUGACAACCAGGUAAAGAACUACUGGAAUACCCAUUUGUGCAAAAAACUCGGAUUAAAGAAGCAAGUCAGAAAAGCUCUGACCUUCUCAACUAAUUCACCCACAACUGCAAUACAAGAAAUUCAAACGUUGCCAGGCAAUAACUCUCAUGAUCAACUUCCUCAAAAUAGCAAAGAAGACCCGAUCGAUGGAGCAGAAAGAUUGUCUCUUCAACAGCAUGAAGAUGAUGAUGAUUCAUUGUUUUUGUUUUAUAAUGAUCUUUUCAAUUUGAACACCCCAAGUUUAGUGGAUUUUCUAGAUGUAUAACUCAAUUUGGCACAAAUUUUAGUUUUUUUUUUUUUUUUCUCUAGUCUGGAUGGGGGUUUCAAAUAAUGUACAGUUAAUCUUUGUGAUCUUUUUUUUUUAAUUUUGUAGGAGAGAGCAUCAUCACGAUAUCCUCUGAUGAUAACAGGAUAUUAGUGUUCUAGUAGGUCGUAGUGUAAGAAGAAAAGCGAUUGGCCUCAACAUUUAUUCAGCUCUACCAUUAGCUAUUCAGGAUUUCUUUUUUUUUUUUUUUUUUUUUAUCUUUUUCUGUUUUCUUUUCUUUGUGUAGUGUAAUGAUUAACGAAUGCUUCCAAGAAAUUCCGGGCGCUUUUUCCGAGACUCCGUAUGUUGUGGAAGAAGGAGAGUUCAGGCACAUGCAUUGUCCGACUUGUUGCAGAU